UUUGGCUUCUUCCGUUUUCAGGGUUAUGUGAUUGGAAGCGUCAUUACUCAGGUAUUUUUCAAGGUAAAAAACAUAAAUUACACGGUGAUAUAAACAAGAUAGAUAAGAGCUGUAAACUGAAGGACAUCGGCAAAGGAAAGUAAGAGGCAUUGUUAGACAAGGUCUUGCCAAUUUUUCAGUCGUUUUCGAUAUCUUACUGGCAUAUCAAAAAUUUCACUACGAGUUCUUAUAACAAGGAAUUUACAGUCGGCUGUUUGUCCCGACAGGUUUAUUCAGCAAGUCAUUGGUCACAAUUACUCUGGGUGAUCGUUGGAAAAAAUUGUAUACAAACUCACUUAAGUGAUUGAUGUCAAUAACUUACCUGGCUAAGUAUUCAAAAGCUCAUACUGCAUGGAUUUCAAACAACUCAUGAACUUGGCCUCUCGAAAUAAGAGUCGGGCAGAAAAGCAGAAAGAUGCAAAAGAAGUGAUGCCCAAGCACUCUAGUGGUGGAUCAAAAGAAGGUGUGUCACAAGCUGCAGUUCAAGCUUUUCUUGCAAAGAGAGAGAUGGAGAAAAAAAAGAAAGCAGCUGAGGAGGAGGCAGCAAGACGAGCAAGGAUUGAGGAACGUUUGGCCCAAUCCCUUGGUGGUAAAAAAAAAGAAUCUACUAAAGUUACUAAGAGUGAAAUGUCAUGGCAAGAAGGACGAAACAAACCAUCAAAGACAGAUGUGAUAAAUGGAAAACAAUCCAGUAGAAUAUUAAAUGAACAACAAAAAACCUCUGAGCAAAGAGCAUCUAAAAUGGUCCAGCCUUCAUCUUCAAAGAACACUGAUCACGAUAGAACUAGACCAUGUAGGAAAGCAGAUGGAAAAAACAGCAUCACAAAGUCAAAAUCAUCUUCUACAAAAAAAGGUGCACCUCUCAGUUUUAAAGAUUUAUUGGCUGCUGCUGAGCACAACAAGAAUGGGGGUGGGGGGGGUGCCCAAUUGAAAUCUGCAUUACAAAAUAUGAGCUGUGCAAAGAGAAAAGAAAGUGACAGGGAAAGCAGUCAUAUCGAAAAGGCAAGUUGUGAAGGAAAAUCUACCAAUGCAGGACAAGAUAAGAGAACAAAGCAUCAAAACAAAGUUUUAAACAGUAAUUCUAAGAGACCAUCAAAACUGGCUGCAAAUGAUAGCAGGGUGAAAACAAAACCGUCAUCUUCAACAGCGAGUUUGAGAAUGAAACAAAAGCAGGACUUGAAGCAGGCAUCAGGGUUACUUAGUGGAAGUAAAGAGCAUCCAGGGCGUAAAAAAAUUUCUGCACUUGCACCGAUAGCAAGCAACUCAAAACAUAUUAGUCCAAGUGUGGAAAGACAAUUAGUGAAAGAAAGACAACUUCACCGUCAAAGGGAAAGAAUGCUGCUAAAAAGGAAAAGGAACCCUUACAUGGAUGAGAUGGAUGAUUUCAUUGAUGACGAAGAUGUUGAGGAUUCUGCUGAUGUCUCCAAGUAUAUCAAGGAAAUUUUUGGCUAUGAUCGGUCAAGAUUCAAUGAUGAAGAUGAUGACUUGUCCUAUAUGGAGAGCAGUUAUUCGCAAAUAGAAAAGGAGGAACAUAAGAGUGCUAAGAUAGCUCGCUUGGAAGAUGAAAUUGAGCAAUUGAAGGAAUUGACAGAACUAAAGAAGAUGAGAGAUAAGCUCAAGAAGAAACCAAUGAAAUAGAAUUAGACAGUGUGCAACAACUUCGGUUCUUCUGUUUCUCAAAACUUAUACCCCAUUCACACCAGCAAGACAUGUUUGCCAUAAACUGGGUUUCACCAAAUGAAAAUCAGAAACAAAAAACUAAAUUUCCAGGACUCCAGUUAUUACUAACUUGUUUUUAUGUGAUGAAUAUGAAAUUAACAAACAUCACUUUAAGCAACCUCUUUAUGAAAACAAUUCCAAGCCAUGUUUAUCAUGAUUAUAGCUUUUAAAAACACAUGUUUCAGCUUUGGUGUGAAUAGGGUAUCACUGGCAUAGCCGGCUUUUCAACUGGUUGUAGGCCUGUGCCCUAAGAAAAUUAAAUUUUGGUUUCAAAAUUUGAAAGAGUUAUGGGGAAGUGAGAUUGUAUGUAAAUGCAGUCUAUUUUUGACCCCAGUCAGGCAGGUUACUUUACUUACUGGGGGGUCAUCCACCUCCAUGUAAACAGGCCCUUCAGGAGAGAUACAGAAUUAGUUAUUUUUGUGUUCCCUUCAUGUGUGGCAACCUGUUAACUGCUAGGUGACUUCCAUCUUGUAUGUUGUUUACAUCAAGAUAUCAAUGGUAAGAACAAAAAUGAUGUCUCAAAGACAUUUUUCUGAAAAAGUUAACUUUAACAUUAUGGCAGACUUUGCUUAAUUUGGAGAAAUCAAGAAGAUAACAAGUCAGCAAGAGAUUUGAUGCUCUCUUCAGAAGUGGAGGAUAAAGCUCCAAAUUAAGUGACAAGAAGAUAUUUUAUUUAAUAGACUUAAAAUAAUUUUACUAACCUAUACUUAGGGUUACUUGAAAUCUAGGAGUUUUUAGAUCUGUUACAAAUAUUGUAGUUUAGACAACCUAAAAUAUUGUCCAUAGUUAUCAAAAUGUGUAAGCAACCUACAAAUGCUUUAUUGAGGAGGCCACAAAUUGUCAAAUUUCAAACAGUCAGGGUUAAAUUAAACUUUGACUUUGGUAUUGAUAA